AAUGUCGGACAACUAUGUCCUCGUUGAUCCGUUAUCUUCAAAACCUAUAGAUUGUUGGAAGAAAUAUGUGAAACAAGGACGAGUUUGUGAACCAAUAAAGCCUAUGAGAUUAGACACACCAAUAUUCGAAAACAAAGUUCGAUUUGUUUGCAUUUCAGACACUCAUGAGAAAUUGCAUGAGAUUCUUCCGUACAUUCCUGAUGGCGAUGUUCUCAUUCAUUCUGGUGACUUUACAAAUUGUGGAGACAUUGGAGAAGUGAUCAAGUUUAAUGCGGAAAUUGGAUCCCUGCCACACAAACAUAAAAUAGUAAUUGCUGGAAAUCAUGAGCUCGGUUUUGAAGACGGUGAAGAAAUGAGUGAACGUCAACUGGCAGGCCUUAACAUGCUCGGAAUCAAUAAAGCCUAUGAACUUCUCUCGAAUUGUACAUACCUCUGUGAUAAAUCAUAUGAAGCAUAUGGACUCAAAAUAUAUGGAGCACCAUGGCACUCGAUGCCAGGAUACUCAUUUUUCCGUCAGAGAGGACAAAAAAUUCUUCACAAAUGGAAUCAAAUCCCCGCGAAAAUUGAUGUUCUAAUGACCCAUACACCUCCACUUGGACAUGGUGAUUUUAAUGCCUGGGACAAAAUGGAUGGAAUCCUUUGUGGAUGUGCAGAACUUUUGAACACUGUCGAGCAACGUGUAAAACCAAAAUAUCACGUGUUUGGACACGUUCAUCAAAAGCAUGGUGUGACUACGAAUGGAGAAACAACAUUCAUCAAUGCAGCACUUUGUGAUCAUAAGCUUCGAAGUGCAUAUGAUCCAAUCAUUUUUGAUAUUCCAUUGCCCCCAGGAAAAACUAAACAAUAAGCUUGUACAUCUCCAAAAAGCUUUACUCUUUUUUAUUUCAUCCCUCUGUUGCAUUUUGAUUUUAUUCUUGUUCCGUACUGUUUCUCACUUCUGAGUCGCCUUGAUCAACGAAUGUUCCUUUCAAUUGUGUAUCAUUAGCAAUUGUAUUUGUGUGUUUGUGUGACCCGAAAUGCUUUUAUACCGGUCUUCCUCACUUUGGCAUUUCUUUUACUGUUUCUUCCCGUGUUUAGUGACCUGAUGUUAUCCAAUAAAUGUACAUAAAACAGCGAA